CGAUACAUCUUUUCAUGCGAGUUCCUGCCGUCGCUCGAAGCCUCAGACCAUCCGUUUGCAUUUUUCAUUUCUUCUCCCGCCAGCACCUAAAUGAUAUUCACUCUCUUUCUGAAAAACCAACAAAAAGAAAAUGGGUCUAAAUAAAGGACAGCAAGACCGUUAAGUGGAUCUCCUGGAGAUAGAUUAGCUUCGAUUCAUGUCCUGAUCCAUUCAUCGCCACUUGUUGUAAUAAAAAUUCUCUCUCGUUUCUAUUUUUUUUUCAACCAAAUUCUCUACUUCUUCCCAUUUGAACAGCUGCUCCCUUUUAAGAUGACUCCCGCCGGAGUUAGGCCUCUGCGAGGUUGUUAUUCGUCGUCGGGCCUUGAUAAUUUAGUUUUCUUCGCGUCUUCCAAGAUGAAUUCAGGGCUCCUGAAUUUUCCCGAGUCCAAUGUGGCUGGAUUCCACCGCAGGGAUAAGAAUGUGGGUCUAUCCUUUGUCAAUGCAAAAUCACCACUCUUGCAGCCAAUGAAGGCCACUCAAGAUCAGAGAACGGAUUACAUGAAUGGAGAGGCAAGAAAAAUUGGAGGGUCGGAAGAAGAAUUCAGGGACGAUUGUGCCGGAGCUUAUGGGAAAAGUAAUGGAAUAAUGUCUACUGUUGGAAACUCAACAAACAUUGUGUGGCAUGAAUGCUCAGUUGGGAAACAUGAAAGGCAGAAAUUACUUCAGCAAAGAGGAUGUGUUGUAUGGAUUACAGGUCUGAGUGGUUCAGGGAAAAGCACUUUAGCAUGUUUGUUAAAUCGUGGCUUGUACAAGAGAGAAAAGGUCUCUUAUAUACUUGAUGGUGACAAUGUUAGGCAUGGACUAAACAGUGAUCUGAGUUUCAAAGCAGAAGACCGUGCGGAAAACAUACGAAGGAUUGGGGAAGUAGCAAAACUCUUUGCAGAUGCCGGUGUCAUUUGCAUUGCUAGCUUGAUAUCUCCCUAUAGAAGGGAUCGAGAUGCCUGCCGUGCAGUGAUGACAGAUGGAAAUUUUAUUGAGGUUUUCUUGGAUGUCCCUCUGCAUGUAUGUGAGGCAAGGGACCCUAAGGGCUUGUACAAGCUUGCUCGUUCUGGAAAGAUCAAAGGUUUUACUGGCAUUGAUGACCCAUAUGAGCCACCUUUAAAUUCGGAGAUAGUUUUAAAGCACGAAGAAGGCAGUGCUUCCCCAUUUGACAUGGCCGAAAAAGUUAUAUUAUACUUGGAGGAGAAAGGACUCCUGCGGGCCUAAGCAUGCCUUUAGAACUAAUUUUUAGAUCAUUUAAGUAGAUCUUCAAUAGUCUGAAUUUACAAAUAAAAAAGGGAACUACUGGUUCCUGUUCUCCGUGCCUCACCUCCUGUUGUAAAUUAAUUGAUCUGUACUCUGCAGCUUUUUUUCUUUCGGUUGCAUAUAAUAAAGUGGAACUUAUUUAGUGGAAUGUAGCAUUUGAUCAAAAGGGAUU